AUGUUUGACGUUAGUUUUGAGUCAGUAUAUGGUUUGCCAGGAGAUAUUGGACUCUCUCUAGCUGAAUACAGCAGUCUGGCCAAUAAAGCAGCUGAAAUUCUAUGGGUACCCGGCAUAAGAGCUAAACUUAUUGUUUUGUGGUUGGUAUUAUGGUGGAAACCAGUCAGUGUGCUGGUCAUUCUGUCUAAGGUGUUCUUUGCAGGGGUUUCUUUGUUUGCUGCCCUUGGCUUUCUUCUCUAUGGUGGAAGACUAUUCUUGAUGCUGCAACGCUUUCCUGUGGAAUCCAAAGGGCGACGUAAGAAGCUGCAAGAGGUUGGCUAUGUGACAACCAUAUGUUUUUUAUGUUUCCUUAUCAGAUGCAUUAUGAUGUGUUUUAAUGCAUUUGAUAAACAUGCGGACCUUAAUGUCAUGGACCAUCCUAUUCUAAACUUCAUAUAUUACCUGUUGGCAGAAAUAUUACCUUCUUCUUUGGUCCUAUUCAUUUUGAGGAAGCUUCCACCUAAGCGUGGCAUCACACAAUAUCACCCUAUUCGCUGAAAACUGCUUAACAUACCUAGAAAAAGGGAGUCAUCAGUGGUUGAUAAUCUCCUUACCUGAUUCUCACAGUUCAAGGGUAACUUUUAGAGCACAGAAAGCUAGUCUUUUCAAUGUUAGGUGUGACAAAGCUUGUAUGAUGGGUUUUAUGGUUCAUUAAAGCUUGUAGAUUUCAAAACGUGACAUUUCAUGCAUUCUCAAAACAUGUCGAGCUGUGUUAUAACUGAUAUUUGCUUUGUCAAUGGUUGGUUCUGUUGUUUGAGCAACCAUAAUUGGGAAAAUGGGAUAGUGAUGUCUUGUAUAAACAAAGUGUUACAAGUUCGUAAAUGUAUUCUUCACUUCUUUAGUGAUUCCUUUUCUUUCUAUAGUA